AGUGCACGUACUACGUACAUUUAGGUACAUGUAAACCCACUUGCGUAGGUACGUUAGCGACAGGCUACAGCGAUUCCGACCCCUAACCAACCUUCUAACCAACCUUCUGGUCGCAAAGCCGCAACGCGAAUAUCCACCUCUAACCUACUCGUAGCCAUGAAAUCUGGCAAAUAUCCCUACUUCGACUCAAUAAGGUAGCAUAGGGACCGCGAUAUGGCAGAUCGCAUCAUCAGGCCUUCAACAUGGCAAGCAGCAGGAAUAUCAUAAACCCCCACGAAGAAGAAGGCUCGUCUUCUUCAACCCGGUCACCGAACGGACUGCAACCUCCCAACAAUAACGAAAGAGACGAGCUGGACUACUUGUUUGGCGGCGACGAUGGGGAUCUACUGGGAAAUGACCCCUUGAACGAGGAUUUGACGGAACCUAUGAGCUUCAAGCGAAAACAAAAGCAAUCCGUCUUCUCGCAGCCGAGUCGAUUAUUAUCCGCACUCACCGGUAAUCGCUUGGGAUCCGGAUCCCCACGAGCACCCCAUUCCGACACCGAAACACCCACGAGGCUGGAAGGUCUGAAUCUGGAGCGACCAGAGAAUACUUCUGAUGCGCCGGACGGUCAGAAAGAGGGAGCGCCGCUGGAUUGGUACGUUGAAGGGCCAGGCCGGAGAGUGGGGUAUGAGGAUCUUACGGCCAUCGAUUGGAUCUUCGAGUAUACAAAAGAGCGACAACGCCUACGAGUGCUGUACUCGAGCGCGACGGGCAUAGUUGGAUACAUACAACAGCUCUUAGAUUCCAGCCAGACAUGGGUUAUCCUCGUGUUGACGGGAAUUGCUGUCGGCGGGCUGGCAGCGGCUAUAGACGUCGCCUCGGACUGGCUGGGUGAUAUAAAGACUGGCUACUGCACUUCCGGGCCUGAAGGAGGCGCGUUUUAUUUAAACAAGCAAUUCUGCUGUUAUGGCUACGACCAGGGUGCUAAGUGCCUUGGAUGGAAACAUUGGGCCGCAGCUCUGGGUAUAAGUUCUACUGGCGGGAGAUGGUUUAUAGAGUACUUCUUUUUUCUAUUAUUUUCUGUGACAUUUGCCCUAUGCGCCGGUUUCCUGGUUAAGGAAUACGCCAUAUAUGCGAAGCACAGUGGUAUACCUGAGAUAAAGACCGUGUUGGGUGGUUUCGUUAUUCGGCGCUUCUUGGGGACAUGGACGCUUGUUACCAAGUCCCUGGGGUUAUGUCUUGCCGUCGCCUCAGGCAUGUGGCUGGGUAAGGAGGGCCCUUUGGUACAUGUUGCCUGCUGUUGCGCAAACCUGUUCAUCAAAUUAUUCCCCAAUAUUAAUACCAAUGAAGCACGGAAACGAGAGGUACUAUCUGCGGCUGCGGCGUCGGGAAUCUCUGUCGCAUUCGGAUCCCCUAUUGGGGGUGUGUUAUUCAGUCUCGAACAGUUGUCCUACUACUUUCCCGACAAGACUAUGUGGCAGAGUUUCGUGUGCGCCAUGACAGCAGCCGUCGUGCUACAGGCCUUUGACCCCUUCCGGUCUGGCAACCUCGUGUUGUACCAAGUCAAGUUCAGCACGGGUUGGCACGACUUCGAACUGAUACCCUUUGCCCUUCUCGGUAUACUAGGCGGCCUCUACGGCGGACUCUUCAUCAAGGCAAAUAUGCGUGUGGCACAGUGGAAGAAGUCAACAUCAUGGCUUCCAGGACCCUUAACACAAGUCGUCGUCGUGGCUCUCUUGACAGCCCUAAUUAACUACCCCAAUUUCUACAUGCGAGCUCAAUCUUCGGAGCUCGUGUCUUCACUGUUCAGUGACUGCGCAUUGGUGCUAGAUGAUCAAUUCGGCCUUUGUAAAACGGGCGCUGCGACGGCCGGCACCAUCAUUUUGCUAUUGUUUGCCGCCGUUCUAGGCUUCUUCCUUGCGUCUAUUACCUUCGGGCUACAGAUCCCGGCCGGCAUCAUCCUACCUUCUAUGGCUAUUGGAGCACUUUCUGGCAGGGCAGUCGGUAUCAUCAUGGAGAUUUGGCAGCGAAGUCAUCCCGACUUCUUCGCCUUUAGUACCUGUGAUCCUGGCCGACCCUGCGUCACACCAGGUGUAUACGCCAUGAUCGGUGCAGCUGCUACACUUGCGGGCGUUACUAGAAUGACCGUCUCUAUUGUUGUUAUUAUGUUCGAGCUUACAGGCGCGCUGACUUACGUGCUCCCGAUCAUGGUGGCUGUGAUGCUAUCUAAGUGGGUGGGCGACGCAUUCUCACGGCGCGGUAUCUACGAGAGCUGGAUUCACUUCAACGAGUACCCGUUCCUAGACUCCGGUGACGAGGGCAGUGGUGCGCAGCACGUACCGGAUAUCCCAGCAUCGCAGAUCAUGACGCGCAUCGAGGAUCUAGUCGUGCUAACCGCGACGGGCCACACCAUCGCCAGCCUCCGCGGCGUGCUCGAAUCGUGCGACUACCGCGGGUUCCCCGUGGUCAGCGAUCCGCGUGACGCCAUCCUGCUCGGCUACAUCAGCCGGGCCGAGCUCGCGUACAACCUGGCGGCCAGCACGCAGCCGCCGCGCAGCUUGCCUCCCGAGACGGAGGCCUUCUUCUCGCACCAGCCACUCGCGGACCCGCGCACCACGCUGGACCUGCGCCCCUGGAUGGACCAAACCCCCCUGACGCUGCCCAGCCGCAGCACCCUGCACCUCGCCGUCGCCUACUUCCAAAAGCUCGGCGUCCGUUACGUGCUCUUCAGCGAUCGCGGCGUCCUCCAGGGCCUGCUCACCAAGAAGGACUGCUGGUACGUGCUCAACGGCGCCGAGGAGGGGCGAAGUACCGCGAGGACGGCAAUAGCCGGGCAAGGGGGUCGUGUGAGCGGAGGGGGCCACGAUGACGAUGAUGUGGCAGGCGCCGUGGGGGAACGGAGCGGCUUAUUAGGUCCCGACGAGAGCUUGCCGGAUUCGCCGGCGGACGAUGAUAGAAGUGGAAUCUUAUAGAUCAACUAGGUGACUUAGGUACCUAGGUAGAUAUUUGUGAUUUGAGUUCGGUGGCGGCGUUUGGCUUUGUUCAGGACGUAUCAUACCUAGGAAGGCGCGUGAUAUAGGCAGGGCUAAUAUUGUGGGAUAUCUUGACACUCUACUAGAAACUUCUAGACUUCUAGGGGCUUCACCUAUCACAUUUAGGUACUUACAAGUGGCGUGCUGAUAAGUAUACGUAGACGUAGACGUAGACGUAUACGCGAAUGUGAAAUCUCGUCAUCUCAUCCACCCGGAACGCCGUCUUAGAUAAACU